AUGGAUCUUUCUCCAGAAGUCGACCUGUUUUCCUGCAAUAAAACCUUGGAGAAGGCUUUUCGGAAAGGAGACCUCACUCCCAGGCUUUAUAACGCAUUCUCAAGGAUGACACUCGAUUUGCUUGAACAAGACGAGGUGUACAAUCAAUGGAUAAGCACCUCUCACUCUGCUCUCUUCCUGGUAAGCGGCAGGACAAAACCGGAGUCUCGCGACGGGCACAACACUUGCUCCUGGCUGUCUAAUGCUGGUGUCAAUGUGGCUGAAAAGUUACGUGCUGACGGUAACUUCACGUUGUUUUAUUCAUGCCAUCCCAAUCUCCGUGCCGACGACUUCGUUCCAUGGCAGGCGCCACUCUCGGCGCUGAUGUACCAGGCGCUAACCCACAGACCAGAGGUGCUUCGGUACGACAACCAACGUCUACGAUCCCUGGUAGACCAGUGGCAGAAAGAGAGCUGCGAGCAAAAGAAGCUGAGCAUGAUGGUUCAAACUCUACGUAAAUGUCUUGCAAACGCUACUGUCGGCCCUCAGAAGCCGCUGUACAUCGUACUCGACAGGGCAGAUAUCUGUGAUGGCUCGAAGGCUCUGAAACGGCAUUUCCUGAAGGAGUUAGUGGGUCUGGUUAGCGACAAUUCUUUAUGUGUAAAGGUGAUGCUCGUUGUGGACUCGACCUUGUGGGAGGGCCUGGAAGAUUUCUUUGACGAUUGGAAGGGCGAAGCGAAAGGACGCCUGCUCGGUAAACUGGGAUGGAAUCAGAGAGAAUAUGCGCCGCAUUUACCCUCUCCCGAGUGGCUGUAA